GGAGCCUGCGGGACGUUGCUCUGCUCCUUCCGCCGCUGCACUUUUUCUUUUUCCCCGUCCCCCAUCACCGGCUUUCAUUCCCUCCUCACCGCCCCCCCUCACCCCCCUCUUGUCGGCCUCCAUCCACCGGGGCUAUGGCCGCAGAAGAGGGCUUGCCGACGGUGGACCAGUAUAAGACGGAGAUCGAGAGGCUGACCAAGGAGCUCACGGAGACCACCCACGAGAAGAUCCAGGCUGCCGAGUACGGGCUGGUGGUGCUGGAGGAGAAGCUGACCCUCAAGCAGCAGUACGACGAGCUGGAGGCCGAGUACGACGGCCUCAAGCAGGAGCUGGAGCAGCUCAGAGAGGCAUUUGGGCAGUCUUUCUCCAUCCGCCGUAAAGUUGCUGAGGAUGGAGAGACUCGGGAGGAAACACUGCUGCAGGAGUCGGCGUCGAAGGAAGCUUAUUAUCUGGGGAAGAUCUUGGAGAUGCAGAGUGAGCUGAAGCAGAGCCGGGCAGUGGUCACGAACAUCCAGACAGAAAAUGAGAGGCUCACAGCGGUCAUGCAGGACCUGAAGGAGAGCAAUGAGAUGGUGGAACUACAGAGAAUACGAAUGAAGGAUGAAAUACGAGAAUACAAAUUCCGUGAGGCCCGACUCCUUCAGGACUACACUGAACUGGAAGAAGAAAAUAUCACGUUGCAGAAACUGGUGUCCACGUUAAAGCAGAACCAGGUUGAAUAUGAAGGCUUAAAACAUGAGAUUAAGCGGUUUGAGGAGGAGACAGUCCUGCUGAACAGCCAGCUGGAAGAUGCCAUCCGGUUGAAGGAGAUCUCGGAGCACCAGCUGGAGGAAGCCCUGGAGACGUUAAAGAACGAGAGGGAGCAGAAGAACAACCUGCGCAAGGAGCUCUCGCAGUACAUCCCCCUCAAUGACAACCACAUCAGCCUCUCGGUCGACGGGCUCAAGUUUGCUGAGGAGGGGAGUGAACCCAACAACGAUGACAAAAUGAACGGGCACAUCCACGGGCCUCUAGUGAAGCUCAAUGGCGAUUAUCGGACUCCCACGCUAAGGAAAGGAGAGGCUCUGCACCCCGUCUCGGACUUAUUCAGUGAGCUGAACAUUUCAGAGAUACAGAAGCUGAAGCAGCAACUGAUGCAGGUGGAGCGGGAAAAGGCCAUUCUCCUGGCCAACCUCCAGGAGUCGCAGACCCAGCUGGAACACACCAAGGGCGCGCUGACGGAGCAGCAUGAGCGCGUGCACCGGCUCACGGAGCACAUGAAUGCCAUGAGGGGCCUGCAGAGCAGCAAAGAGCUCAAGGAGCUGGAUGGGGAGAAGGGCCGGGACUCAGGAGAGGAAGCCCAUGACUAUGAGGUGGACAUCAACGGCUUAGAGAUCCUGGAGUGCAAGUACAGGGUGGCCGUCACCGAGGUGAUCGAUUUGAAAGCGGAAAUCAAGGCCUUGAAGGAGAAAUACAACAAGUCUGUAGAAAACUAUACUGACGAGAAGGCCAAGUACGAGAGCAAGAUCCAGAUGUAUGAUGAGCAGGUGACCAGCCUUGAGAAGACCACCAAGGAGAGUGGCGAGAAGAUGGUCCACAUGGAGAAGGAGUUGCAAAGGAUGACCAGUAUAGCCAACGAAAACCACAAUACCCUUAAUACCGCCCAGGAUGAGUUAGUGACCUUCAGUGAGGAGUUAGCGCAGCUGUACCACCAUGUGUGUCUGUGUAAUAAUGAAACCCCCAACAGGGUUAUGCUGGACUACUACAGGCAGAGCCGUGUCACCCGCAGUGGCAGUCUGAAAGGGCCUGAUGAUCCCAGGGGACUUUUGUCUCCACGGUUAGCCAGGCGGGGUGUGUCAUCCCCAGUAGAAACACGGACCUCAUCCGAACCUGUUUCCAAAGAAAACACAGAGUCCAGUAAAGAGCCAAGUCCCACUAAGACUCCCACCAUCUCUCCAGUUAUUACUGCCCCACCCUCAUCGCCAGUACUGGAUACGAGUGACAUCCGCAAAGAGCCAAUGAACAUCUACAACCUUAAUGCCAUAAUCCGGGACCAAAUCAAGCAUCUGCAGAAAGCUGUCGACCGGUCCUUGCAACUGUCCCGUCAAAGAGCAGCGGCACGAGAGCUGGCCCCCAUGAUCGACAAAGACAAGGAAGCCUUAAUGGAAGAGAUCCUCAAGCUCAAGUCCUUGUUGAGCACCAAGCGAGAGCAGAUCGCCACACUGAGAGCUGUGCUGAAAGCCAACAAACAGACAGCUGAGGUGGCACUAGCUAAUCUCAAGAACAAAUAUGAAAACGAAAAGGCAAUGGUGACGGAAACUAUGACGAAACUUAGAAAUGAAUUGAAGGCUUUGAAAGAAGAUGCAGCAACUUUCUCAUCCCUGAGAGCAAUGUUUGCAACAAGAUGUGAUGAAUAUGUCACACAGUUGGAUGAGAUGCAGAGACAGUUAGCAGCCGCAGAGGACGAGAAGAAGACUCUAAACACUUUGUUACAAAUGGCUAUCCAGCAAAAACUCGCCCUGACCCAGCGGCUAGAGGACUUAGAGUUUGACCAUGAGCAGUCCCGACGCAGCAAAGGCAAACUUGGGAAGAGCAAGAUCGGCAGCCCUAAAGUAAGUGGGGAGGCAUCAGUCACCGUGCCCACCAUAGACACUUACCUCCUGCAUAGGCAGGGCCCACAGACACCCAACAUUCGGGUCUGCAGUGGCACCCAGAGGAAAAGACAAUUUUCACCUUCCCUUUGUGAUCAGAGCCGUCCCAGGACUUCAGGGGCUUCCUACCUACAGCAUUUAUUAAGAGUCCCCCCUGAUCCCACCUCCACAGAAUCAUUUCUUCUGAAGGGCCCCCCUUCCAUGAGUGAAUUCAUCCAAGGGCAGCGGCUCAGCAAGGAAAAAAGGUUAACCGUGGCUCCACCAGCAAAAAGAGAUUGUCAGCAGCCUGCUGCCUCCGUACCGCCACAGUGCUCACAACUAGCCGGGAGGCAAGACUGCCCGACUGUCAGUCCUGAUGUAGCGCUCCCCGAGGAAGAACCACAUUCCAGCCCCCAGUGCGCUCCUCUCCACUGUCUCUCCAAGCCCCCCUGCCCCAGCUCUCCAUCACCCGGGCACGAACACCUGGGGUGAACGUCGGCCGUUGGACACAGGACACUGCCCAAGAUCCAGCGGUGCUUUCUUCUUGGCUCUCAGAUGUACCUUUGGAUGAAUGCCUGUCUUCGCGGAGGACGAGAGAACGUUGAGAAAAAUCACACGAAGCACAGAUUCCGGCGUGAUGAAACGUGUUUUGUUUCUCUAAAACCAGAGAUAAACGUCUGCGAGCAAAUGGUUAAGGUUCAAUUCCAUGAAAACAAACCCAACAGGAGACCCCUAUCUCAGAUCGCUGGCAUUACCUCGAUAGCAUCAGAGAACCUAAGACGAUGUAAAAUACAGAUAUUGUAAAGCCGUCUCAGCUCACACUGCAAGUUCAGCUGUAGGAGUUGGUUCUAAUACUUUUUAUCAUUGAUAUUUAUUUGAUACUUUGUUUGCUACAUGGUGUGUGUGGAGAAAAGCACUUCUAUGAGAGGUGACCUUCAUUCAUUUAUUUUUCAAAUAAGCCUAGUUUGCGCCGUUAAAUAUGUUUUGAUUUAGUUUAAAAUGUGGAAUUGGCCAGACUGCGGUCACUCUUCCUGCACAGAGUGACACACGAGGUGCGUUGGGAUGUUAACCAUCACUGGAUUUUGCUGCUACAUCAAUAGGGUUCAUGCACUUAUUUUGUACUCGCUCAUUAACUACUGGAUUCUGUUUUUAACUAGAGUUCUUCACUGGACAUUAUUAAGGAAACCGAAGAGAGAGACUACAUUAUUACUCACUGACAUUACAUUUUGGACUGUAUCUUUCAUUCUUUUUUUUAAACUGCAGACGAGUAGAUGCACUGGUGCUGCGUGUGUGUGUGUGUGUGUGUGUGUGUGUGUGUGUGUGUAAAAGGCUAAAUAAUUUGAAGGGGGGGAAAAUGAUGUGUUUAUUGAAUGACCAGAUUUUUUUUUUACUUCUCCCCCAAUUGGGGUCCUCUUAUGAAUCCUUCCUGCUAAAAAUUAUCAAGUACAAAUGGAAGAUUAUACACACGGGUUGAUAUGAGGUAGCCUUUAGUUUAUUAAUUUACUCAGAAAGUGUUCGAAGCUUGGUUAAAAGUGUAUGCUUUGAAAAAAAAAAGGGUAUGUUUUGUUUUUUGUUUUCAUAACCUUCCUUGCCACCCCCAAAAAGAGAGUGAGAGAGAGAAGAAACCUUAGCUCAUUGUCUACUUUUGACAAACACUCAGGUGCCUACAAUCACUGUAAUAUAUUGAGAUAAUACUACAUGUUCUUGGUUCAUGUACAGAUUCUGCCGGGUAUCAAGUACGACUUGAUUAAAGGUAGUAGAUGUUCAUGGCAAACUCUGUUUUGCACCUAAUCUGACAAACAAGGGAACCGGCCGAAAGGUCUAACAUGGCUCUUGCAGGGCUGCCCACACCAGUGCUCCUCGCCCUGCUCUUUGUCUGGAUCGGGUAGCCUUCGCUCGUGUCAAACCAGGAGGAUUUGGCCUUUUCAUGUACUGAUAGCUGUCACUUCACCUCAAAAUGCAAAUGGCCAUCCGCAUGAACGCAGAGAGGAACAUGGUGAUGGAGUGCUUGUGCACUACGAGCUCCGCAGUUUGAACCACCAGGCGCUGCAUGGGAGAAAAGGGGCCUUUCUAGUUCCUUAAAGAGUUACAAUUUCAGAAGCCCCGAGGGGCAGCUCUACCCGGUAGUCCUACCCUGUCGGUGGCAGCGAGUUUUGCUUCUGGUUUUGCUAACACCAAGAUUGAUGGCAGCACAGGUCACUGAUCAGGAAGAACUCGCUGGGCCCAGUUGGCUCCCUGAGUGGAAGUGGGUGGGCAUCUUCACGGACUUGGUACAUCAACACCGGUGGCCAGCUGGACAGUCAUCAAGCCAUUGUGGGCGCUUUCACCAGGCCUAAGCUUAGUGAGUCGUGGUCCCAAUGACCAGAGCACCAAAGGGGAUUGAGUUCCUUAUGUCCCAUUUUUAGCAGUCUCAUUUAUUGUGCAACUUGGAACACAUAGUUGAAAAUCCUCACCAAAAUAGGGACUCAGGUUGAUGUAUGGAAAACGAAGCAGAUCCCCUGAUCUUAACAACCGAACCUCGGCUCUGUCUCCCCAUGGCCAUGCUGGCAUCCCCCAGCAUUUCCUGUGUGUGACUGGUGUUGUUUGCUGACCGUGUGGAUUGGUUCUGGGGGUUCAAGGAGGGGAAGCACUCCCCGCCCCCUUUUCCUUUUUAUUCCUCUCUUCCAGCCACACGGGUUUGAACGGAGAAGUGGCAUAGCUGCUAGGUUGACUGACUGUUCAUAAAAUCGGUUGGGUCUGAGGGAAAACAUGCCUUUGAAAAAGAAGUACCUCAGGAUAGCAUCCUCUGUGGCCUCAUCAAAUUCCCUGGUGAAACGGACUCAACAGAGAAUGUCAUCCGUGUGCCCUUCGUGAUAGGGCAGCACUACUGGCUGUUGGCAUGCUGGAGUGCGGGCUUGCUCACUUCCUCUGCACGUGUGACCCAGUGGAGGACCAACUGACUGGCUCAUAAACACAACAUUGUUUCUUUCCAAUUCAGAUAAAAGGUAUAAUGAAGACUUUCAUUUAAGUCCCUUAUCGUAGUAGAAUGGGAAAGGUUCAUUUUGCAAUUGUAACUCUAAAUAAAUAUAGAUUUUAGUGAAACGUGGCCUAGGUGAUAGGAAGACUUGGAGAAAAUCUCAUUUUCAUCACAAAAUUAGGUGAUGGUCCCUAAGCAGUAUUUACACUGCAGCAAUCUUUAAUACGCCAGUUUAAAACCACCAGGUCUUAAAGGCAUUUAGUGGAUAAAUACAUGUAGCCUUGAUACAAAGCUACACCUAUCAAGAUUCAAAGGAAAGUAAAACUAGAAAAAUGAGUGGAAAUCAGAACGAAUAGGCCUUCUUAAUACUCAUUGAAGAGAGACUUGGGGAAGAAAAAUAAACUGCAGUAAUACAGUAAAAAUACCGGCUAGUUGCAAACAUUAAAGGUAACUAGCAAGAGCAAUUAGCAAUGUAACCAGGGCAUUUUGAGUAAGUAAGCACAAUUAGAAUACUAAAAAGAAUAGUGAGAAUGCAGAACUACUUUUCAAACGAGGAUUUUCAUAAUUAAAAAACAAAAAGCAAUAAUUUCCUUUGGCCUAAAAUACACAGGGGCCCACAGGACCCUCUGAAUCAUCUUAAAAAUCAACUCAUGGAUUAGCAGAUCUCUUUCAAAAUCUAGUUCUGCGUCAGCUAAAAGAAGUUUGAAGAACUUUAAGGAAAACAAGUUAUUAAAUAAUUUUUAGGGACUCAUUUAGGAAUAUUAUACUUUAUUUAGCCCAAGAAGUAUAAUAGUGAUCUUCAAGAAAAGAGAUUUUAACAGAUGGUAGUUAAAGACUAGAAUAAGAGAAAGUCUUUAGUAUAAAGGAUUUGUACUAGGAGGAAUUUCUAACAUUGAAAUUGGCAACCGUAAGACAUAUUUGUUAAAAUAAUAUUGGUGGUCUAAGCAGGAGUAAGUGGAAAGAUACCAUAUGGUAAUGUGUUAUAAUUCUGGGAAUCCAUAAGUCCAUGAUUCUUUACAUUUUUUAAAUGCUUUCAUGGUACAAUGUUUUGUCAUAAACUAUUUUUCCCCUUAAGACUAGGAUACCAAUACAUUUUUUCCAAGGUAUUUGGUUUAAAAAAAAGCAGAAUUAUCAUGAUUAUUUUCCCCUGCUGAUUUAUGUUGUAACACAUUUAAACUUAUUCAGAAUGUAGUGAUUUUACUGUAAAAAGCCCCACAAUUAUCCCAGCCUGCAAAGCAAACAUUCUCAGGAAUAAUUGGGAAACGGAAGGUACACAUCCCUUUGGGGAAAAUAUCUCUCAAAUCUUAUCUUGAAAGGAGCCUCAGUCUACAAUAGUUUCUUUUUCCAUGCUUUGGGAAGUAUUCUUGCACAGAUACAUCCUUCUGUUUCAGACAAGCAGGACUCGUGGAUCAAAGAGACACCACAAUGAUUGAAUGUGGCCCUUUCCUGACACACUCUCUUACAAUCUUCUAUGGCUCUCAAGGGGAAAUUGUAAGAUAGGAAGAGGAAGAAAUGCAAUAUAUUUUCUACUGGGAUAAGAAUGUCAAAUUUAAUGUAUAAUUCUCAUCACCAGCCAGAAGACAUAGUCUAUUUCUCAGAAAGACACAUUAGGGGGAACGUGGAUUUCCCGUAAGCAGAGCUACCCUGGUUCAACCCAGGUGUGCCCAGUGCUCCAGGUUUGUAUCGGUAUUGUAGCUAUUCAGUAGAACUAGAUUUGAAGGAAACGCUAAGGAUGCUAGUGUGUAAAAUUCACAAUUUUAAAACAGUGUGUGCCCUCCCAAGUUUCUUGUUUCAGUGCACAGUAAGGGUGAUUUAAAAUGGACUUUGUUUGUAAGAUUGCAAAGAAUUGACAAGGAUAUGCUUUCACAUAAAGGUAAUGCAGUUCUUUUUUAAAAAAAAAAAAAGACUGAACUGGUGUUAUGCUAGCAUGAUCAGUGCUGAUAUCGACAAGCAUUUUCUACUUUCAUAGCCAUUCCUGUAGACCCACAAACAUAUUUAACUCCCGGGAACUCUUUCCAUGGUCGGUAACAAUUCCCCCAGAUGAGUUGUGUCUGCAGGUGUGUCGUGGUGUGUAUUCCUUGCUGCCACUGUCCCUGCCAGAGCCCCCGGUGUCUUGCAUUUAUGGGCUGAUCCUACUCUGUUAAUUCCCAAAAGCUUUUAUCUCAGGACCGCUUUCAUUCCUGUUACAUAAAGUACAACUGAAAACGACAUUUAAACUUAAGAUAGGUUCCCAAGUAAAGAGUUUUCCCCCAGAAAUCAUAAUCUAUUUAAGAAGCAGCAGCUGAGCAAUUAACUGCUGUUAGUGUCAGGGUGUGAGUGUAAAAUAAAAGUAUGCAGUAUAAACUGUUUGCAUGAGAUAUUUCACUUCAUGUAAGCUUUCCCAUCCUUAUAAUAAGAACACUGUACAAGUCUUAUUUCUCUUAUGACCUUCUCUCCAGUAAGACUAUGAGGAGAUUGUUACCUAUAGCCAGUCUCCUUUCCAUAUUGAAAUGCAUGGCUCUGAUCCUCAGUGUAUCUUUAUCUCUUUGCUCUACAAGUUCUUUAAAAUGUGCCCUAUUUCAACGGUAACCUGGAUAAACGCCUGAGCCAGUUGGUUUCUGAGACUGGAGUUAGGUUGCUAUAGAGCACUGUAGGAUACCUUUUGAUUUGGAAAAAAAAAAUUUUCAGAAUUAUUCUCUGAUCAUCAUGGUUCUCUAAGGAAAGUGCUGAAAAGUCAGUCUGCUCCUUUUCAGUGUGAAUUUUCUUUUACAAAUACUUCAAAACAAGGAUCGGAGAACUGCGCUGUAAAGGGAGAUGCCAUCAUUUAGUCACCGAAUGCUUAUUCAGUGAUGGUCAUGGAGACCCAGGAGGAGUCACUCGGUUUGUUGUUUGGGUUCAGAGAGAUGACUGUGAAGCAGAUCUGAGAAAAAGUAAAUCCUUUUUCAAGCAUUGCCACAAAAUGGUCUGACUGGUUUAAGGUCAAUCAAGCAAUUCUUUGGGGAUCUUUUGUUACCUUUUGUAACUACUCUGUUUUUAUUUGCAUGGUUAUGAUGACCCCAUACACCAUUCUGAUGUAUUUCUUUCUCAUCUGUCUAAUGUGUGACCAACCCUGAUUUGUUUGCUGUGUGAUUAUUAUUGUUGCAAUGACUCAGCUUUUCCUUACAGUUAAUUGCCAUUUUCUUGUUGCGCCUUUGGGGUGAAUGAUGCAAAGUGUUUCCACCUCGUGAUGAUACGGAUGAAAACAUGACUAAAGGACUGAUCGAAAAGACUCUUUUGUUGCUAAUUAUUUUUAAAAAUCCAAAUAUCAAGGGGAAAUGAUUUUCAAAGACAUGGAUUUGUUUUGAAUGUCAAAAUGUUCUUAUGAAUUUAUUGUUGUUCUUCCUUCAUUUUCUUAAGCUGUCGGCCAUCCUAAGUAAUGUCUCCGGGGGGAUCCACAUGCCAUGUGCUUGUAUGUAUGUAAUCUGAUCGUGCGCUCAAAUUGCUGGAAAAGGCACUCCAGUGCCAAGGAAAUAACCGGAAGCCAAUAUGUCAAUUCUUAUGUCUUGGUUUAUGUUACCACCCGAAUACGGUAUAAUGCAUAAUUUUCCAGGAAAUAAACUGGUUCUCUUUUGUUCA